AUGGCACAAAAUCUUCCAGAGACUAUGAAAGCCCUUGUCUGCCAGGAUAUAGGCAAACCUCUACAGCUCACGACCAUCCCAACUCCACGGCCAACUCCAGGAAGUGUUGUUGUCAAGGUGCUGGCGGUCCAGUCACAGCGUAGCUUAGCCGCGAUCAUCGCUGGCAAAACUCCCUUCACCUUUCCAAAGCCUCUCACGCCUGGUAAUACUGCCAUCGGUCGGGUGGCUGCAACUGGGCAGGACACCACAAGUCUGGCUGUCGGUCAACUUGUCAUGCUUGACACGUUUGUCCGGGCUCGUGACAACACCGAUAUCCAAAUACUCUGGGGAUUCUCCGAUGGCUUCACAACCCAGUCCAAGAAGUUCAUGGCCGACAAUUGGGCCAUGGGCUCGUACGCCGAGUACGUUCGCGCCCCUCUUGAGAACACUUGGGCACUCGAUGAGAAGCGCCUGUGCGGAAGUCUGUCGGACGGCGGUCUCGGAUACACCAUCGACGAUCUUGCAUCUUUGCCUGAGAUUCUUAUCCCCUACGGUGGCCUGCGUGGCAUCAACCUCCAUCCUGGCGAGACCAUCGUUAUUGCCCCAGCCACCGGCGGCUUCAGCGGCGCCGCUGUCUUUGCCGCAUUGGCCAUGGGCGCGACCGUUAUUGCCAUGGGCCGCAAUGCAAAGGUUCUUCAAAAGCUCAAAGAUCAAUUUCCACGAGUUCGAACUGUGGUGAACACGGGCGACGUACAGGCUGACACAGCUGCACUGCGGGCUCUCGGACCCAUCGAUGCGUAUCUGGACCUGUCGCCUCCCCAAGCGAGCUCCUCUACUCAUAUUCGCAGUUGCUUCCUUGCACUCCGACAGUAUGGCCGGGCGUCGCUCAUGGGUUUCAUCCCGACAGAUCUCGCCCUGCCAUAUUCGCAUGCUAUGGGGAACAACCUGACAAUCCGGGGCCAGUUCAUGUAUGAGCGAGCAGAUGUGAAGUCUCUGAUCCGGUUGGCUGAAUCCGGGCAACUGAAACUCGGAACUGCCGGUUGUUAUGAGGUAUGUGGAAAAUACCGGCUGAAUGAGAUGGAGGAAUGCUUCAAAAAGACAGAAGCAUGCCAAGAAGCUGGUCAGGUUGUCUUGAUCACGCCUUGA